AUGUCUACUCAACCUCUCCUCCAACGCACCGCUGGAAAGCGCAUUGCGCUGCCUGUCCGAGUCGAGCCAAAGGUGAGCAAGGACACCAGGGUGCAUCAGCAGAGAUGCUAUAGCGAAAAUGGUAAUUCCGAUUGCUCGGCUUCGGAGAGAAUGGGGCAUGGAGGAGAUGAGGACAAGAUUGGCACAAUGGCAGCAGGGAAGUACAACGCGUCUUGAAGCCAAACAGCAUUGCGUAUUGAGAUAUGAUGUAGAUCGCCCUUGAAGGUAGGAAUGGAUAACGAAAGAAUAGGAAGUGAUCGACCAGCGCUUCAUCGGCAGUGCUCAGGAGCAGGGAAGCAAUCUGUCACAUGCCGAGCAUCGAAAAAGUAUCUCUGCGCUCGAUGAUCACGCCUGACCUAGGCAUGCCUGGGGGGCGAAUUCUGAGCAGAUGGGAUGGCCAAACAGCUAACGCGGCUAUUCUCUUUGCCAUUCAGGUCUUCUUCGCCAACGAGCGUACCUGUGUGUAUGCGUCUCCAUCGCAGUCCUGUUGCGGCAUCCAAUCCUGACGCGCUGCUUGGCAAUCCUCCUACCCCUCCCUUCGUUCUUAGUCUUGUCAUGGCUCAACUUUACAGUCACCCUGUCUGCUCUGGCAGCUGGCCUGCUCAACUUUGGCGACAAGGUUGGCCGCGUGUCUGCUGCCAUGUUCAGCUUUGUCGGUGAGCACAGGGCGAUACACUUUUGGAGACUUCAUGCUUUGGGGAGGGAGGGGCUGCUGUACGCCCAUAUGAAGCAGCAAGGCGCACGCUCGCCUCAAAGAUGAGGCCAGGUGUAGAGUAGCUUGUUCGAUACUUUCAAGGCUUGCAAAAAGACUGACUUGGCUCGCUGCUCUACGUGCCAUUACAGCAAUGGCCAUCAUGGUCUACGCCCUCGUCACCUACCACUGGCGAGCUUCGGCCAUUCGCAACCGAGGAACAGGCCCCUACGACGACAGGCUCGGUCCCACCAUGCUCAGCGUCCUCUUGCUCAUCGCCGUCGUCGUCAACUUUAUCCUCCGCUUCAAUGAUGCUGCAUAG